GGUGCGGGAGGAAGAAGACUGCCCGUGGGCCUUGCCUGCCCUGUGCGCCCCAAUCGCGGCGUGUUGGACUGCCCGCCUUCCCUGACGCCCCGCACACAGCAGGCGCUCCGAGGCAUCCCCGGCUUGGGUCCAAGGAACAAGGGCAUUGCACGGAACAAGGAGCUGCCUCGGCAACUCAGUCACAGCCUCAUUUUGCAGCGGGGAAAGCGAGCCGCAAAGCAGUUUCACCCUAACCCGUGGCACAGCUGUGCUGAGCUGGCGGGCCGCCCCUCCCCGCCCCACCGGCGGGGCUCCGGCUCUCUGAGCAGCGGCCCCCUGCCCGCCGUGCGCUCCCAUCUCCCUCCGGCGUCCGCCCACGCUGUGAGCUCCUGGGGAGCGAGUGCGCAGACCUCCCCGAGCCUCAGCUUCCAUCCGGGUGGGAGAAGACACCCCACUCCCCGUCCCGAGCGGCAGUGAGCCCUGACGCGGGAGCUGCCUGUCCGACUGGACGCCGCCGCCCGGGCAGCGUCCUCCCCGGCCCAGGCGCCUGGCGCUGUCCAAGCCCUAAAGCAAGCUCACGGGCGCCGCCAGGAGGCGCUGCUCCGCCGCGGAGGCCAGCACGCGGGGGCGUGGCCUCGGGCUCCGCCCACCGUCUUCGGGGCAGGGCGCGCGUGCGCCCUGCUCCCCGCCUCGCGGGGACUGCUGGGCCGGAAGACGCGAGUCUGCGGCGAGCGGGAGCCGAGCGGCGGCCUGGAAGAUGUGGCGGCCGGCCCAGCUCUGCCGCGUCCACUCUUCCCUGCUGCGGAGCGGGCAGGAGCCCUGCCCAUCCUCUGCCACCUUCUUCAGGAGAAGCCUCGGGGUCCUGCCUGCAAGGUGGUCCCUGAGACCCCGGCCCCUGUGGAGGAAGGCGCUGUCUGCCACGGGGAUGGGGGUACCCCUGCUUCUUGGGAUCCGCUAUUUCACCGCAGAGCCUCAGGAGAAGAGAAGGAUGCGGCUUGUGGUGGACGGUGUCGGGCGCUUCAGCAGGUCUCUGAGGAUCGGCCUCCAGAUCUCCCUGGACUACUGGUGGUGUGCAAACGUCGUCCUGCGAGGGGUGGAAGAGAACAGCCCGGGGUACUUGGAGGUGAUGUCUGCAUGUCACCAGCGGGCGGCUGACGCGCUGGUGGCCGGGGCCAUCAGCAACGGGGGCCUCUACGUGAAGCUGGGCCAGGGGCUGUGCUCCUUCAACCACCUGCUGCCCCCGGAGUAUAUCAGGACCCUGCGUGUGCUGGAGGACAGGGCCCUCACCCGCGGCUUCCGGGAGGUGGACGAGCUGUUCCUUGAAGACUUCCAGGCCCUACCCCACAAGCUCUUCCAGGAGUUUGACUACCAGCCGAUCGCUGCUGCGAGCCUGGCCCAGGUGCACCGAGCCAAGCUGCAUGACGGCACGGCCGUGGCUGUGAAGGUGCAGUACAUCGAUCUGCGGGACCGCUUUGACGGCGACAUCCACACCCUGGAGCUCCUGCUCCAGCUCAUCGAGUUCAUGCACCCCAGCUUCGGCUUCAGCUGGGUCCUCCAGGACCUGAAGGGCACCCUGGCCCAGGAGCUGGACUUCGAGAACGAGGGCCGAAACGCUGAGCGCUGUGCACAGGAGCUGCAGCACUUCCGCUAUAUCGUGGUCCCCCGCGUGUACUGGGACACGUCCAGCAAGCGUGUGCUGACAGCUGAAUUCUGUGAAGGCUGCAAGGUCAACGAUGUGGAGGCCAUCAAGACCAUGGGGCUGGCAGUGAAGGACAUAGCAGAGAAGCUCAUUCAGACUUUUGCUGAGCAGAUAUUUUACACAGGCUUCAUCCACUCUGACCCCCACCCUGGCAAUGUUCUGGUGCGGAAAGGCCCAGAUGGGAAGGCACAGCUGGUGCUGCUGGACCAUGGGCUCUACCAGUUUCUGGAUGAGAAGGACCGGGCAGCCCUGUGCCAGCUGUGGCGGGCCAUCAUCCUGAGGGACGACGCGGCAAUGAAGACACACGCAGCCGCACUUGGGGUGCAAGACUAUAUCCUCUUCUCCGAGAUGCUCAUGCAGCGGCCCGUGCGCCUGGGGCAGCUGUGGCGCUCGCACCUGCUGAGCCACGAGGAGGCAGCCUACAUGCAGGCCAUGGCGCGAGAGCACUUCGCGGACAUCGUGCAGGUGCUCAAGGCCCUGCCGCGGUCCAUGCUGCUCGUGCUGCGCAACAUCAACACCGUGCGCGCCAUCACCACCGCCCUGGGCGCCCCCGUUGACCGCUACUUCCUCAUGGCCAAGAGUGCGGUCAGGGGCUGGAGCCGCCUGGUGGGUGUGGCGUACCAGAGCGUCUACGGUGCCAGCCUCCUGCGCCACAUCAAGGUCAUCUGGGAGACAUUCAAAUUUGAAGUGGCCCUAAGGGUGGAGACCCUAUCGAUGCGGCUCACUGCCCUCCUGGUUCGGCUGUUGUUCCAGCUGGGCCUCCUGCCGGAGACCCAGGAGCUCUCCCAGUACCUGGAGACCUAGGGACAGCAGACCUCAGAGCUCACCCAGCGUCCAAGCAACAGAUCAGGGUUGAAGGUGCACGUACCCCAAGACCGGGGGCGCUGAGGCAGCGGUGGCCUGGAGUGGGUGUGGGGGACAACACGGGGCUGUGGCCACAGCCCAGCCGGGAGACCCUGUAAUGACCACAAACUCUCUUCAAAUCA